ACAGAUACCUUUGCCAGUAAGGUGGCAGCUACCCAGGAUCAGUAUGCAGAUGCAUCCAUUGGAAAUGUGACAGGCUCUAAUGCUGUCAAUGUUUUCCUCGGCAUCGGGGUGGCGUGGUCCAUCGCAGCCAUUUACCAUAACAGCAGAGGGGAGGAGUUCAGGGUGGAUCCGGGCCAGCUGGCCUUUUCCGUCACGCUCUUCACUAUCUUUGCCUUUAUCGCCGUCGGCACGCUGAUGUACCGACGGCGGCCAGAUAUCGGUGGAGAGCUCGGAGGGCCCCGGACGGCCAAGGUCCUGACCACCAUGCUGUUCUUCAGCCUGUGGCUCCUCUACAUCCUCUUCUCCUCACUGGAGGCCUACUGCCACAUCAAGGGCUUCUAAGGUGACAGGAGAUGACGAAAGGGAAAGGUGGGACAGGAGGAGAACAUGGAAGGAGUGGAGGAGGAUGAACGUAUGGAUUUGGAAAUGAUGGCUGUCUCAUUGAUCAAUCACUCCCUCCCUUUACGCAAGACUGAAUGCCAGAUGAAUGGAUGGAUGUACAGAUGAAGAAAUUAAAGAGGCAUUAAAGUAUCUAUAAACAUACCUGAAGGAAAUACGGAUGCAUGGAAGGGCAACGACAAACAGGAAAAUCAAAAGGAGCAAGAGAGAUAGCUCAGAAGAUGGAAGAAUCGCAGAAUACACUUAAGAAGAAGUUUUUUGUCUUGAUCUAUAAUCCAAACCAAUCAAGUUGUCUUAAACCCAAACCCAUUUCAAAUACAUAAACCCAAAACACCUACAAUGUGUCAAUGCUGGAUCGACUAUACAGAAACGAAGAAAAUGAGGUUCAGCAAAACAAGGAGGUUAAAGAAGACCAAUCUCACAGCUCCUCGGAUAUGUGGCUUUAACAACCGAAAUCCCAUUAAUCCCCUCCAGUCGGAGCGAUGCUAUUCCCCCGUCCAAUUAGAGUAACAGGCUUGAGUGUGACCGGAAAGGACAGACUAACUUUAUUAGUGUGAACAUGCAUGGACAGACAAUACUGGAAACACAAUCAGAAGAAACCGGAUGUAUUGCCACAACUGUUUAAUGACAACAAACUGUGCGUGCUGGUGUGUGACUGUGUUUCUGUGCUUGUGUGCUGUGGGAAGAUGGUCCAGUACUGUGAAAAAAGCCCGCCUCUCUUUUUGCUGUCGCUGCGUGAGACUGAAUAUGCUUUCGUAUUCAAGGUCUUUUUGACUCCCACUCUCCCAGCCUGUAGAAUUGCUGACUCUUUUUGCGGGGAGGCCGCGUUUAAUGAUAUCAAAUGUUUUGAACAUCGCUGAGAGCUGAGCGUACAUUGCAGCUCCACAAUUUUCCUUCUGAAUGUCUUGGUUACGCCAUACGCUCUCGAACAGGCCAUCUUUCUGUUGCUUUAUACAGUAGGUGUAAAUGAUUUAAGGUCUAAUAUGAAUCAAGAAGGGGUUAGUGUGCUUUUACCUUUAAUAAGGCCGUGUCUGAGAAGACAAAAUGGCCGCUUUACCGUUUAAAACUGUUAGAGAAACUAUAAUCAUUGCAUAAAUAUCUCGGUAAAUCUUGUGUGUUUUUGUUGGGGUCUUCUUAAACUGUGGAAUUCUUUUACAUGAUUUUCCACCUAUGAGAUUCCCGCCAUCAUGUGUCAAUCGUAACAUUGCAAAAGACUUUCAAAAGUAGGUACCGCCCUCUGUGAUACUCAUAGUUUGCUUAACUGCCUCCGCCAUUGUGUUUCUAACAUUGAUGCCGCUUUCCCAUUGGUUCACUCAAACGCUUGUGUCGUUAUCCCUGUGUGUCUUAAGCACCUCCCCCUGGCUGGUCAGUGGACCAAUCAAAAUCCUCAAGGGCUUUGUAAGAAACAACCACUAAUCUGUUACCCUGACCCUUGAUGUGUUAUUCUUCACCUAGAUUGGUCUUUUGGGGGCAAUUUAACAGGGAUUUGUAUUCCAUAGCAUUACACACCACCUGCUCAGAUGUUAGGACCUAUAUUCAGCUUAUCUUAAAAAAAAGACUGCAUGAAAAAAUUGUCCGACCAAGUUAGAUACAUUUUGGCAAAAGCGACCCAAGGAUCCAAAGUUCUCUGUCGGACAGGACUUUUCCCAGUUCAUUACAAAGACUUCCUAUAUAUUGUACCCAGCCUUAUUCCAAAUUAACUCAUACAUCUUCUUUCCCAGGCUGCCUCCACCCUAACUCUUAAAGAAGAUACAAUACUUCAGGUAUGUGGAUGAUUCAGGCCUCAAUCCAAAGGAACUAAUGAACAUCUGACUUUAUAUUUUGUCUCUUUUUUCAAAGCAAUGCGUUUGCUCUUGACUGAAGAAACAUUAUGUAAUUCAAUGAUUCAUGCCAGCUUGGAAACCAACUCUUAAGCCGUCAGAUGAAGGAA